AUGAAUUCGACACUGUCUGAUUGGAAUAUAAAAUCCCAAGAAUCUUUUGAUCGUUUAUAUCCGUCUUUUGUAUCAUCAUUUUCUAAUAUUUAUACACGUGAUAUACUUUUUGUUAUUGGUUUAAUUACAAUAUGUUUACUUUUAUUUAUAUUAUUAAUACAAUUUUUUGUCAAAGUACGUGAAACAUAUCAAACUAGCAAACCAAAAGAACAAAAUAACAAAUCUUAUAAGUAUCAAAUAAGAUAUCCAUCUUAUCAAGAAUUGUUAAAUACAGAAAAUAAUCGCUGUGAAUGUCUUCGAUAUUCAUGUUUACCAAAAUUUCAAUGUGUUAAACCAAAUUGUCAAGUUUUAAACAAAACAACAUAUUAUGAACAAAUAGAUGAAAGACAAAUCAAUAACUCUAUAUGUAGAGUAUAUACUCCUAGCAAUAUAUCAUGUAAUAACGUUUAG